CGGAAGUGAUGGCAGUGGGCUUCCGGUUUCCUCUGCCGCGGGCGUCGCUGGCGUCCAGCGAGCGGUAGCUGUUCCAGUCCGAAGCGGGUGGAGGCCGGAGCGGAGGCGCUCACGAUGCCCCGGUAUUAUGAGGACAAGCCGGAGGGCGGCGCGUGCGCGGGCGUGAAGGAGGACCUGGGCGCCUGUCUCCUGCGCUCGGACUGUGUGCUCCAGGAAGGAAAAUCCCCUCGGCAGUGUUUGAAGGAAGGAAACUGCAAAGCUUUGAAAUACUCAUUUUUCGAAUGUAAAAGGUCAAUGUUGGAUACCAGAUCAAGAUUCAGAGGAAGAAAAGGAUAUUGAUACUAUUAUGUUGAAAGCAACAUGAAAACAACAGUGGAUUUUCUCUGGUCAUUAACACAGAAAAGCCAAAAUAGGAAACACCAUUUUUGCUAUAUCUGGUUGGACCAAUUUUUCCCUCCAUGGAAAAUGGGAGAAAAUGGAUGAGUUCUGUUUUUGAAUAUGUAUAAAUUAAAUAAAAAUUCUCUUCUUUUAAGUUAUAUUUUGAAGAAAAA